AUGAAGUAUUUAUGUACAUAUGGGAUAAAUCAGUUGCUUCCAAAUGGCCAAGAAAUAGGCUCAUGCAUUUUUCAUUACAUUAAAAACUAUGUCAGAACUGAAAAAUUAGUUAUGUUUUCGGAUCAAUGCGGCGGACAGAACCGAAAUAUCAAGAUGACAGCUUUAUGCAACUACAUUGUAUCUUCAGAACUAAGUACCGUUAACGAAAUCAAUCACAAGUUUUUAGUUAGUAGGCACUCCUUCUUGCCUUGUGACCAAGAUUUAGGUUUAGUGGAAAAACAAAAAAAGUUCUGUAGAGACAUUUUUGUUCCAGAUGAUUGA